AGGUGGAGAACGAUGGAGAGAAGACCUCGGAACCUCCGGAAAAUAUCAAGGAAUUGCUGAAGGAGUUCCAAGACAUUCUCCCUGAAGAUCUUCCGAACGAGCUACCGCCAUACCGAACGCACCAACACGGAAUCAUCGAGUAUCUCCUCGCCAAAGGACUCAUCCGACCAUCCACUUCGCCAUGCGGUGCCCCAGUGCUCUUCACACCGAAACCGGAUGGAAGCCUGCGCAUGUGCAUUGAUUACCGAGCUCUCAACAAGCAGACCAUCAAGAAUAAAUAUCCGAUACCACGAAUCGAUGACUUGCUUGACCAACUUCGAGGAGCUACGGGAUUUUCCAAAUUGGAUCUGCGGUCUGGAUACUGGCAGAUAUGGAUGGCGGACAACUCUAUCCACAAAACUGCUUUCCGAACUCAGUAUGGAUCGUACGAGUAUUUGGUAAUGCCAUUCGGACUCACCAACGCACCGGCAACAUUCCAAGCCGAAAUGAACCACAUUCUACGACCACACCAUCACCGUGGGAGACCAGCUACCUGGAAGAUUCACAAUGCCUUCCAUGUCCAACUUCUGAAGCCCUAUCGGGAUCCGAACACGAUCUUCGUCGGACGCCAACCACCGCCGCCGCCGCCCGUCCUCGUCCACAAUGAACCUGAGUACGAGGUCGAGUCCGUGCUUGCACACCGCCGUCGUCGGACUGGCACCGUGGAGCUUCUCAUCCAUUGGAAGGGUUAUGAUCCUUCUGAGGACAGCUGGGUACCUGAGUCCGACAUGGGUAACGCCCGUCGUCCUCUGCAUGACUACCUUGACCAUCGGAUUGAACUGGAAUCUGGCACGCAGCCAGCUGUUUGGACACAGUGGCGGGUGAUGCAACCUGAGCUCCAGGAAUUACGGGACCAGGUGGACUAUUUGCUGGCCAAAGGGUUCGUUCGACUGAGCACGUCCCCAUUCGCCGCCCUGAUCCUGUUCACGCCCAAGAAGGAUGGGGGCCUCCGAAUGUGCAUUGAUUAUCGCUCCCUUAAUCGGGUUGCGAUAAAAUAUCGCUACCCAAUCCCAUCCGCGGACGAACUGAUUGACCACGAGCGAGGAGGUCGCUAUUUCUCGAAAAUCGACCUUCGUGGCGGUUACCAUCAGAUUCGAGUUUCCGCUGACGACUGGCACAAGACCGCAUUUCGUACUUGAUACGGAAGUUACGAAUACACUGUCAUGCCGUUC